CAUGAGGCCACAGCGAAAAGAUGGCCAUCUUGAGAACAGCUCUCACCAGACACUGACGUUCCUCUGGACACCAGUCAUAGACUCCAGCCUCCAGAACUGGAAGACAUACAUUUCUGUACUUUCUAAGCAGCUUGAUCAAGAGCAUCUUGUUACAGCAGUCCAGACAGACAGAAGGUGUAGAGGCUGGAGAAAUGUGCCCGAAGACCUGUCAUUAGAAGAGCGAGAAGAACUUUUGGACAUUCGUAGAAGAAAAAAGGAACUUAUUGAUGACAUUGAGAGGCUGAAAUAUGAAAUUGCAGAAGUGAUGACGGAGAUUGACAACCUGACUUCAGUGGAGGAGAGCAAAACUACUCAGAGGAACAAGCAAAUAGCCAUGGGAAGGAAGAAAUUCAACAUGGACCCCAAAAAGGGCAUUCAGUUCCUAAUUGAGAAUGACCUGCUGCAGAGCUCCCCAGAGGAUGUCGCCCAGUUUCUGUACAAAGGAGAGGGCCUGAACAAGACUGUCAUUGGAGACUACCUGGGUGAGAGGGAUGAUUUUAAUAUCAAAGUUCUUCAGGCUUUCGUUGAGCUGCAUGAGUUUGCUGAUCUCAACCUUGUCCAGGCCUUAAGGCAGUUCCUAUGGAGCUUCAGACUUCCUGGAGAGGCACAGAAGAUUGACCGCAUGAUGGAGGCCUUCGCAUCCCGAUACUGUCUGUGCAACCCUGGAGUCUUCCAGUCCACAGAUACAUGCUACGUGCUUUCCUUUGCCAUCAUCAUGCUCAACACCAGCUUGCACAACCACAAUGUGCGGGACAAGCCCACUGCCGAGCGCUUUAUCACCAUGAACCGAGGCAUCAAUGAGGGCGGGGACCUUCCUGAGGAGCUGCUGAGGAACUUGUAUGAAAGUAUCAAGAAUGAGCCUUUUAAGAUCCCAGAAGACGAUGGCAAUGACCUGACACACACGUUCUUCAAUCCAGACCGAGAAGGCUGGCUGCUGAAGUUGGGGGGUCGUGUGAAGACCUGGAAAAGGCGCUGGUUCAUCCUCACAGAUAACUGCCUCUACUACUUUGAGUACACCACGGACAAGGAGCCCAGGGGGAUCAUCCCCCUAGAGAACCUCAGCAUCAGGGAGGUGGAGGACCCUCGGAAACCGAACUGCUUUGAGCUGUAUAACCCCAGUCACAAAGGGCAAGUCAUCAAAGCCUGCAAGACAGAGGCAGAUGGCCGUGUGGUGGAGGGGAACCAUGUUGUGUACCGGAUCUCUGCCCCCAGCCCUGAGGAGAAGGAGGAGUGGAUGAAGUCCAUCAAAGCAAGCAUCAGUAGGGACCCGUUCUAUGACAUGUUGGCCACGAGGAAAAGGAGGAUUGCCAACAAGAAAUAGAGAAAUGUCAAGACCCAGACUCCAGCAGAUACACUGGCCUCACAAGCAGCAGGACUGGGGGGCAGUGUGUUCUCUACGGGUCCUCCGGAACAGCCAGCCAAGGCCCGAGCCAUCAAGCCUGUGCUCUGGGACAUUGGUCAGCUGUGAGCAUCUCCUUCCUGCCACCGUCCUGGCGUUGACCUUUGGGGACCCUUGUCCACAACAGCACCUAGUGAUACAGCCUCCAGAUCUGCACAGCUCACAUGGACUCCCGUUCUGGAGCCAGAGCCUCAUCCACACCAUGCCACACCUGCUCUUUGGGGCAGCACUAGAUGUUCUAGAAGUCGCUGUUUUAUAUCAAAAUGGGAAAGGAAAACCUACCACUUUUUUAUUCAGAAUUUUUCUCAGAUAUAUAGGAUUAUAGCUUUUAUAUGCCUUUUUAUAUUCUGAAAAUUAUAAUGAAAGAUAAUUUCUAACAGUAGUAUUUUUAGAAUGGCAGCUAUAAACUUAACUCCUGGACACAAGUAUAUACUGUGCACUGAAAACAGUCUACAUAUGCAGCCCCCAAGCACUUGGGGCAGGAGCAGCUGGGGCACAGUCAUCCUGACACAGAGUGUCAGCUGGGGCGCAGGCAGCCAUGCUGGGAGAAGAGGCAUGAGGACCAGUGUGUUUGGGAGACUCAGGUGUGACUGCCACUUCCCCUCACAUGCUUCUCUAAGAUGAAUCAGUAAGGUAUGGCUAUGGUCAGGGUAUUUAUCCUGUCAGUCUUCUCUGGAAGCAGGCCACUUACGUAUAAAACCUCAUUAAACUGUUUGACCUUCGUAUAGAGACAGUUCCAUGUGGUACGACUGCACAUGGCUCAUGACUUUGGUACUUUUGUUGCUUGCUGUUUCAAACUUCAGUUAAGUGCUGAUAAAUAUUUUGAUGUAGUGAGUAGGCAGAAGCAGCCAGAAGUAAUCCACUUGUCCUCUGGCAGUGCCAUGUUUUCCAACAUUUGACAUCCUUUUGAUGAAGAUGGCACUGAGGGACACCUGUGGCAUCUAGACCCCUAUAUAUACCAGUGUAUGACUUCAGGGCACAUGUGCUUGGGCUGAGACUGUGUAAGGUGAGAGGGCCCAUUCAUGGCUUGUUUGGAAAGUGGCCUUCCCCUGUAGACCUUUGCUACUGUCUGCACACACACCUGGAGCUUGUGUUCUGAGGGCCCUUGAAAACCGCCAACCAAAUGCCCUCACACAAGACUUUGAGUGAGCUGUCUUGAGGCUUUUUGCCUCUGACCUUGGUGGUAGCUGUCAUCUAAGAUGGCACAGAGGGAUGUGAAGGCCAAAACUCUCUCAUGCACCAGACUGAUCACUUCCUAGUUUAUUCCCAAGCUUCUAGGCUUUACUUUUACUAAUACCUCAAAUCUGAAACCCUUGCAUCUGAGCUGCCUGGCUGGUGUGUAUGCAGCCUGGCUUCCAGUCUUCCAUGAUCCUUCUCCCCUACCCCACUCUCUGCCUUCGCCACCUCAGACCUGAACUUACUACUGGUGGGGCACCUGCUGGGAGGUGGGAACUGGCAUUCCUUUUGUCAGGACCAUGGUGAGCUAGUUGGAUGUUCAACCCAGGUGUGGCCUUGGGCAACCUAGCUCUCUGUUGGAUAUCGAGGAUGUUAAAUAUGAGGCUACCUAAUGUUGUCUUUAAUGCCAUAGUCAUCUUUGAGGAGACCUUACCUUAUGGCUAUUGGUUUGCCUGAUGGCUGUUGGUGCUAAGAAUCCUAAGUUACUGGCUCUUGGAUUAUCCACGUGGAGUCACCUAACUCAGGUUAUGUUGUGACAGUGUUAUUAACCCCAAGGGCAUCUGCCACUCCCAGAGCUUGUAAAGGCUCAGGCUCAUGCCCUCCACCCUUUGUCUGCACUCAUCAGUGAAGCAUUAAGCCCCACUCUGGCCAAGACAGUUUCCUGUCCUGCUGGGCCCUGGGCAUCAUUUCUGGGUUUCAGAACACUUGAUGUGGUACUGCAGUGUAACUAGGAACCAUUUGGAGAUGCAGCGACUUACUGUGCUUCGUGUCAUACUGAGUUCAGAGCUCCAGGUGUGCUUUGCUGACAAGUUAGGUCGUUACAGACCAGAAACCAUAAGUUGUGAUUUCUUCUUUUUAUCUUAGAAAACAUUUCUAUUUACAAUAAAUAGUUACUAUGUAAAUAAUGUACAUAUGUAUUAAUUUCUUCAGUGUUAUACAAUGUAUAUACUCCUACAACCUGCAUGAAAAAAUAUCCUAUUAAUGUUGAUAUCAGAAUUUCUGGCUAUUUUAUUGCAAAGCAAACAUCUAGUAAAAUGGGAGGGCCUUACAGCUGCCAGAACUAUUGCAAAUACUGUGUUCCCAUUGCAAAUACUGUGUUCCCUAAAUAAAAACAUACUGCUAAAAC